AUGAAGUCACCUAUCAAUUCAGUUUUUAGUAAUAUUUAUCUAUUAAGACAUAUAACAUCAUUUAUCAGAGAACAACGUGAUAAUGACUGUCCUUUAAAUGAUUACAAAUAUUAUUAUUUACAUCGUUAUCAUCAGUUUACUGAUUCACGUAUCAUCAACAAUGGCUGGUAUCAUCUGUUAACUGAUAGAAUCAAAACGGGUCGAUCGCUUCGAUUCGAUACAGAUGAUGCAUUGUUACUUUGUCAGCAAGUCAGAGAUAUCGAUGUAUUCACAACGGUCUACAAUCACAAGAAGAUCUACUUCACCAAUCCCGAAUGCUUACUAUCUGCCAUCGGUUCCGGUAAUAUCGCUGCCACCCGGAUUUUGCUGAAACAACGAUAUCCAGUUGACCAUUCCACUCGAUACACACGAGAAUUCCUUAUCGAUAAAGCGGUGUCGAGUUACCAAUUUGAUAUGGUGACGUUCCUCAUCAAUGAAUUAUACACUACAACGACAGAGAAACAGCUUUGUCCGUCCAUCGAAAAGCUGUUCGAUAAGAAAGCACGGAUGUCAUGGAAUAGUAAAACUACCGACCUCUCAGAAAUGGAGAGAAUCUUUAGAGCAACGAGAAACCAACCAUUAUCCAAUCUUGAAACCAUUCUACAGUCGUUCAAAAUGUAUUAUACACCGAAACAGAAUCUUAAUUCAGCAUUCUUCAAUCUUAAAAACCACUUUUCAGUGAUAAUUAACAACUAUCACGAACCAAUUCAGUCGUACCUAGACCAGCUCUAUUGUUUUUGUAAAGUCUAUGGACUACUUAAAGAUGUUGAACAUUUCAAAAGACAAGCAGACUUCCUACUUCAACUAUCGAUAUCCAAUUGUGUCAAUACAAUCGCUAGCUUUAAGGAAAGAGUAGAUCUUACAAUGGAUAAAUAUCAACCAAGCCAACACAACCCAAAUCGUCAACAAAUGAAUUACUUUAUUCAGUUGAUAAAGUUGGUACAACUGAUCAACGGUGGUCAAUUCCCUAUGCUUGAACAAGAGAACAUAGAAAAUAUAAUUAUCAGAUCAACCGGACAUGCAUAUAUCAUUUCAUUCUUGAUUCAUCAUGUUUUCGAAUAUGUACCGAGACAACUUCUAAUUGAAAAGCUUGGUAAUGUUUCGGAUUCAAUCGAUUCCACCAUUGUAGCAUACAAUUACUUUACAAGAGAGAAGUCAACAAAGACAUUGGCAGAGAUGAUAGACGAUCGUUGGUACCGAUCGGCAAAGUGUGCAGCUUGGGCGGGUGAUGUUGAGAAACUAAAGAAUCUAUUGGCUGGACGCACUCUUCCGAAAGUCAAAGCUGCCAUCACAGAUGAACUCAUCAAACUAUCGAUAAUCAACGAAAAGAUCAAUGUUUUGGAAUACCUCGUUGUUCAAUACGGUGCGAAUCUCAACAAAGAGAAUAUAGAAUCAAUUGGUUUGGUUGGAAGUUUCUCAAGUAUGCAACUGUUGCUCGGCGAAUCAUUGAGAGCUGGUGACUAUGACCAAGAGAAUGUUGUGUCGGUACACAAGAUGGCAAUAUUGAGUGGUCAAACUAAAUUCAUUGAAUCGCUAUACAAUGAAUAUCCAGAGUAUGAUAGAGUGUAUUGGGAUGAAUCUGUAUUCUCUGGAAAUGUAGAAUUGGUACGUCUUAACUUGGAUCAAUGUAACCGUCAUCAACAACCAAUCGAUCAAAAGUUUUUGCUUGAUCUCAUAAAGAUGGCUAUCGAACUGGGUCAAAUAGAGGUAUAUCAAUUCUUUGUUGAUAGAAUACAAGAUCGAUCCAUUUUGGAUGAAUUACCACCAAAUCAUCAAUUGUUAUCACCGUAUGACAAACUCUAUCCAAUGUAUCUCUAUCAAAAACAACAAUAA